UGGACAAUGAAGACCGUGAGAGUUUCCUCGCAGUUAUCGUACUUAAGAGUGCUUUCAGCAAACUGAAGGAGAGUUUCGGAUUUCUUUGGUGGUAAUGAGACCACAAAUCUAGGUCCAAUUUCUUUGAUUUCGAAUCGCAAGAUCUUACUAUGGCUUUGCUCUCUCCAUAUUGUUGGUGCGGUACGGUAAAAGCUCCGAUGAAAGCACCCUUCUUAUCCUGGCGUUGGCCGGGUUCUUCGUUCACGAAUAAUGAAUUUAUUGCUCUUUGGAAUAUACACCAGGUCUUGCCAACCAAAACAUUCCGUGGAUUUAGACAUAAAAUAUGUUCUUUUGCCAAGAAGUCUGCAAGGAAGUCCAUAAGGAAUGGACAAGAGGAUUCUGGGCCUCCAGCAAAAGACAAUUUUGUUCAGAAUGACAAGUUGGGUGCUUUUUCAACUAGCCAGAAUUCUACUCUUAUUACUUCUAGAACUGCAGUUCUUCAGGCUUGCACAAUCACUUCUGGUCUGUUAGCUGCUCUUGGACUCCUAAUUCGGCAGGUGUCUCAUAUUGCAUCAAUGGAGGGGUUGCCAGUACUGGACUGUUCUUCGGUAGUGUCAUUUGAUUUUGAGAUGUGGCAUCUUGAGUUGAUUAUAGGACUGGUGGUUUUGAUAUCAUCAUGCCGGUUUCUGCUUUUGAAGACAUGGACAGAUUUUGCUGAGUCAAGUGAAGCAGCCAAUCAGCAGGUCCUUACCUCACUCCAACCUUUGGAUUACAUGGCCGUUGCAUUCCUUCCUGGGAUUAGUGAGGAACUGCUUUUCCGGGGGGCACUUCUGCCACUCUUGGGCAUGAACUGGAUAAGCAUCGGGGUGGUUGCCUUAGUCUUUGGUGUUUUGCACUUAGGCAGCGGGCGAAAGUAUUCCUUUGCCAUCUGGGCAACGUUUGUUGGGCUUGCUUAUGGUUAUGCCACAAUUUUAUCCUCCAGCAUUUUGGUGCCCAUGGCUUCUCAUGCAGUGAACAAUCUGAUUGGAGGGAUCCUCUGGCGCUACACAUCAAAUACGUCGGAGUAGAUCUGGGGGCUUCCUGCCUCUUUAAAACCAAAAUAUUAUAUAUACAGACACAGAAGCUGGUAGGUGGUCAAUUCACUUGACUCAAAUCUAUGGUGUUUUAUUUCAACGUUUUAAGAUUACAACCUCCUUUGACUAAUUCUAGUUAGUAUACAUUCAAUUCAAAUUUCUGUGCAUAACUUACUGUAAAUGACUAAAUUGAAGAGUUGGGUCAAUGGGCAAGAUAAAGGCUUGUAUUCUGUCUUGAAA